CAACAAGGCGCGAUUUCCGAGGGGGUCCACCCGGAUUUAAGAAGAUUCGACGUAGUACCGAGCAAAGGCCAUAAGGGUCCCUUGCUGCCUUGGUUAUAAGAAGUGCAACACCAAUCGUGCUUCUUCUUCCUACCACAGCACCACAUCCACACCAGCCCACCCCACCAACCAAAAUGAGCACACCAAACCAAUCUCUCAUCAUCGUCAAGGAGCCUCAGGGCAUGCCAAAGUACGGCGAGGACCUCAAACUCGUCGACUCUUCCAUCAAUCUCGAAAGCGCCGACCUCCAAGGCGGCAUCCUCCUCAAGACCAUCACAAUGUCCCUCGACCCUACCCUUCGCAACUCGAUGCGCAUAGGUCAAAAGAGCUACGCGAGACACUACGAAGCCGGCAAGCCCAUUUGGGGAUUUGGUGUCUCGGAGGUGCUGCGCUCCGAGCAUCCAAAGUGGAAAAAGGGAGAUCUGCUUCACAGUCGUGAGACGAUCAUGGCGCAAUACUCUGUUCUCACUGGAGCGCAAGUGGAUGCUUCUACGGAUGAGUUCUUUGCAAAGGUGGAUCGAGUACCGGAAUUGAACAUUACGAAUUAUGUGUCUGCAGCGGGCAUGCCUGGAAUGACAGCAUGGAUGUCACUCAAGGCCAUCAUCGGAGACUUUAAAAAGGACUCGACCAUCUUCGUCACUUCUGCCGCCGGAGCUGUAGGUUCUCUCGUCUGUCAGCUAGCAAAGGAAGCAGGAAGUAAAGUCAUUGCCUCUGCGGGUUCAGACGACAAGGUUCGUUUUCUCCAAGAGGACUGCCACGUCGACCGGGCUUUCAACUACAAGACGGCGGAUGUGAAUGCUGAGCUUGCUGCCUUUGGUGGUGAAAAGGGAAUAGACUACUUCUUUGAUAACGUCGGUGGGCCUCAACUGGAAGCAUACCUCAAUCACGCUGCAGUGUACGGAGUCGUAAUCGUCUGCGGUGUCAUCUCUGCCUACAACGCCACUGCCGACUCGCCCGCUCCUGCCAUUAAGAAUUUCCCUACCAGUGUACUGGUCAAGCAACUCACCGUGAGGGGAUUCAUCGUCUCGAGCUUCUUGAAGGAACAACGAGAGACCUUCUUCAAGAGUAUGCCGGGGUUGCUGCGAGAUGGAAAGAUUAAGUUUAGGGAGGACGUGAGAGAGGGGAUGGACGCGUUGGGACCGGGGAUGGUGGAUUUGCUCAAGGGGGAUCAUAAUGGAAAAAUGGUAGUACUGUGAGUGUCGAGACGAGCGCAAAGUGCUCAGCCACUACCUUUUGAGGGAGAUCACACGCUGACUGAUUCGGCCAUCCCUCUCCCUCUCCGUUGUUCUAACUCCUAUAGUAUCGACACGGAAAGGAAAGACAAGUGGAUGGUAGCACCUACCAACACCUUCGGCAGCGCCUAGACGUCUCGACAUGUGGAUCGCAGGAGGAAUACGAAAGUGCCAAUGA